CAAUACCAUAUAUACCAUGAUGUAACAAGAAAGACUUGCAACACAAAAACUAGCUUAAGACAGAACAUAACCAUCCCUGAGAGCACUGGACAUGAGAGAGAGAGGAAGGACAAGAGUUUGGGAUCGGAAAAGCAGAUAUCAAACAAGGGAUGGACGGACAGCACUGGAUAGAGAGGCGGCACGACUACAAGGGAGAAGCAGCUACACAAGGAGAUCAGAUGCAGGAGGAUACGUGGGACACCGCAGGCAGCAGAAGAUGCUGGGAGAUAGGGGUUACGAUAAGGGGGUGUACAGACAGGCAACAGCCUUCUUCUUCACUAAUUUCCCUGAGGAGUGGAGUUACACAGAUAUGUGGUCAACCUUUCGCAAGUUCGGAAGAGUGAUAGAAAUUUACAGCCCGAUGAAAAGGAAUAAGAGUGGGAGCAGAUUCGGCUUUGUCAGGUUCUUGGAUGUCAAGAACGAAAAGGAUCUGGAGAGACAACUAGAUCAGAUCCGGAUUGAAGGAAGGCAAAUAUGGGUGAAUGUGGCUAAGUGUCCAGAGGAAAAAGUGGCAGUGAAGGAGAUAAACAGAAUAGCACCCAUAGCUAACACUACCCAGAACAGAUCGUAUGCUGAAGUAGCUGGCGGGCGUGUAGGAGUGAAGGAAAGGAAACCAGAGGGAAUAGCCCACUCUGUGGAAAUUGUUCCAAAUCUUCAGGAAAAGUUCUACAUGGAAGGUUAUUUCACAUGCCGGCUACGUGCUAUGGGAGGCAAGCUGGUUCUCAUGGAUUGUGAGGAUAAGGGAGAACUUGUAGAUUUAGUGCAGGGUGCAUCAGAUUGGUUAGGCCAGUGGUUUUCAGAGGUGAAGCCUUGGUCUCCAAAAGAGGUGGCAAAAGAGAGAUUUGUAUGGGUAAGAUGCCAGGGAGCACCGCUACACGCAUGGGGUCCAGAUUUCUUUGAGAGAAUGUCAUCAGCUUGGGGCAAAUUUAUUUGUCUGGACGAUAGCACAAGCAAUAAGAGGAGAUUUGAUAUAGCAAGAUUCCUCAUCUCAACGCCAAUCAUGGACUCAAUCUCAGUCAGGAGGCAAAUCAAAGUGAAUGGGGAAUUAUUCAGUUUAAAAUUCUCCGAAGAGGAAUGGACCAAUAGCCUGUUCUCACUGAAACAGGACUUCAUCCCAAAGUUUGCAAGUGACUCGGAAAUUGAAGAACAUUGGUCUGAAGUAAGCGAUUGGGACGAAGGACAGCAUGGUGGCAACCACGGUGGUGAAUUGGAGCCUUCAGCCGGAGAAGAUGAGGACAGAGAGGAUGGCUGGGAUGGCAGCUGGAGACACAAAGGGUUGGUAGAUAUCUCGGAUAUCGAGGAGAGGUUUGAAUCAAUAGAAAAGAGCUAUGUAGGGGAACGUUACAAAGAGACUGAUAAGAGAUCAUUGAGCCGGAUUGCAGAAGAGGAGUCGGUGGCAAUGGUAGCUGAUAGCAUUAAUGUGGGAGAAGAUUUGUCAGAAGCAGGUGGUAGAGUUGACAGCGGGAAGCUUGAAUCAAAUUCAAAUUACAAGGAUCAGACAACAACAGAUCCUAUUGAAAGCCCAGAAAGUAAUGGAGCGGAUUUGCAGGCUAAUUCGGGCCAGUACCACAGUGUAGCUGGCGCCUCGGGCAAAGAAGAUAAGGCCUGUAAGGCCUCUAAUGUCAACCAACAAAUGGGCAGCAAAAUGAGUCCAACUGGUGAAGGCCGAACAGAGAAGGCACGUGAUGCAGAUAGAAGGUCGGAUGAAACACAUUGGGCCCAAGGAGCUAUAGGCGACAACAUUCAAAAGGGCUCAAAAAUGAGAUUAGCAGAUGAAGGCCUUAAUAAGCAGUCACACGGGUUAGAAAGGCAAAUAGAGGAAGGAAACAACGCAGAAGUUUCAUCAACACGCAGGACAAGCCAGCGGAGUGAGGGAGGAACGGAGAGGGCGAAGAUGGACAAGAAACGGAGUGAAGCGAAGACAAGGAGCAGGAAGAGAGCAAAAUUGUGCAGAUCCGUGUACCAAAGAGCUAGCCUCCUAGGAAUGAUGAACCAGAAGGAAAGGGGCAGAGUCAAAGUUAAACCGAGACAGGCUGUGACAGAACCAGAGGGCAUUCCGGAGUUCAUAGCUUGCACCAGCAAUUCAGUAGCAGGGGGGUCACUGGGAGAUAGCGGAAUUGAGAACCGCAACAGACUACUGGUGGGUCAAUCAAAUCGGAAAUUGGCAGAGCAACUUUGGGAUUUUGCUAAAAAGAUAGGGGCAACAGUAGAGAAUGAGGAGUCAGUUGUGAGAAGCCUUGAGGAGAUGGAAGAAAGAGACAGGAAAAAAGCUAUUAGCAAGAUUCGGGUGUUAGAGGGAGAAAACUACUUAGGUGUGGAAGGGAUGUGGAAGCCAAAAAAUAUUCCCAUUAUCAUUAUCAAUGUCUAUUCUCCAUGUCAUCUAGCAGGGAAAAGGGCAUUAUGGGAGGAGCUAAAAAAUUUAGUAUCAAGGAAUGGAGGAAUCAUUUGUCUGGUUGGAGACUUUAACACAGUUAGGAGAGCAGAGGAAAGGAAUGGUUGUAGAGGAGUAACGUCAGAGAUGAGGGAAUUUGACAAUUUUGUCCAUGAAACGGAACUGAUAGAUCUACCACUUAAUGGCAGGAAGUAUACAUGGUAUCAAACUAAUGGCAAUUCAAUGAGCAGAAUCGACAGAUUCCUACUGUCUGGGGGAUGGUUAGAAAAGUGGGAAGAGGUCAGACAAUGGGGAUUAAGCAGGGUAGUCUCUGAUCACUGUCCACUGUUGCUUAAACAUAAUAAAGUAGACUGGGGUCCUAAGCCCUUUAAGUUUUUUGAUGCAUGGCUUGAACAGGAGGGGUGUAAAGAGCUGAUAAAGGAAGUCUGGAGUAAUACUAACAUCCAAGGUUGGGCAAGAUUUCGGCUCAAAGAAAAGUUGAAGAUGACAAAGGAGGCCUUAAAGAAGUGGAGCAAAAAUCUACUCCCUGAAGUUGAUAGUAAAAUGAACAUGGCUGCGACAGUGAUAGACCGAGUUGAUUUGAAGGGUGAGAGAGUUCAACUAUCAGAAGAAGACAUCAAAAGCAGAAGGGAUGCUACCCUAACCUUAUGGAAAAACAUUAGAAUUAAAGAAAGCAUGUUACACCAAAAAGCAAGGAAGAUGUGGUUGCUUAAGGGGGAUGCCAAUACAAAAUUCUUUCAUAAUUGUGUGAAGGGCAGAUGGAGAAGGAGUGAAAUAAAUAGUAUAGUUAUUAGAGGAGCACAGAUCCAAGAAGUGAGUAGAUUGAAAGAGGAGAUAGCAACAUUCUAUGAAAAUUUGUUCAAGGAGGAGCAAGGUGAACGCCCAAAAUUGGAAGGGGUUUGUUUUAAGCAGGUGCAACCCGAAGACAAUAGACAGCUCAUCGAGGCUUUUACUGCUGACGUGAUUAAGGCAGCAAUAUGGGAAUGCGACAGCUCGAAAGCGCCGGGACCCGACGGGUUUAAUUUCAGGUUUGUUAAGAGUGAGUGGGAAGUAAUCAAGGAGGAUGUCAUUGAUUUCCUACAAGAGUUCCACAAAAAUAGCAAAAUGGUGCGGGGUUUGAACUCCUCUUUUAUUGUCCUAGUGCCAAAGGUGGACAACCCGCAGAAGAUCGAGGAGUUCAGACCUAUCUCGCUCAUCGGCGUUAUCUACAAAAUCUUGGCCAAGGUACUUGCUAAUAGAUUAAAGAAGGUACUUGACGGGCUAAUUGGAGAGCAACAGAUGGCAUUCAUCAGCGGUAGGCAGCUAAUGGAUGGAGUUGUUACUGCAAAUGAGCUGGUCGAUGAAGCAAAGAAGAGAAAGAAGAAAGAGCUGAACGGACUGGUUAGCACGGCUGCUCAGAAGGGUUUAAUACAAAGAGUGGAGGUGGGCCUUCGAAACCUCAAAAUCUCACACCUCCAAUAUGCUGAUGACACGAUAUUAUUCGGUGCAGCCACAGAGGAAAAUGUGUGGGCAAUGAAAGGUAUAUUGAGAGCUUUCGAGGUAUGCUCUGGUCUAAAAAUCAAUUUCCAUAAGAGUCAAUUGUUAGGUAUUUGUGUGGGGGAAGAUUGGCUGGAUAAAAUGGCGUGGAUUCUGUGCUGCAAAAAAGGUUCCUUCCCAUUCAAGUACCUGGGAAUUCCCAUAGGAGGAAAUUGCAGAAGACUUGGGUUCUGGAAACCUUUGGUAGAUUUGUUCUCCAAGAAAUUAACCACAUGGAAGGUUAGCUACUUGUCUCUUGGGGGCCGACUCACUCUUAUCAACUCAGUGCUGUCCAGCCUCCCGGUCUUUUGGAUGUCGAUGUAUGUGAUGCCAAAAGGUACGAUCCGUUCUCUUGACAAAAUCCGUAGGAAUUUUCUGUGGGGCGGGUUUAAAGGGGGGAAUAGGAUAAAUUGGGUGAAAUGGGAUAAGGUCUGCAAGGAUAAAGACAAAGGAGGACUAGGAGUAAAAGAUCUGGGGAAACUUAAUUAUGCUUUAGUAGGUAAAUGGUGGGGGAGGAUAGUGUCGAAGGAGAGAGGUCUGUGGAAGAAGGUCAUAUGUGAAAAGUAUGGCAUAGAAGGGGAACAUAGGUGUAAUUGGCUGAGGGGGGGUUUUAAUUUCGGCUCCUUGUGGUGGAGAGACACAUGCAGGCUAGAUACUUCAGCAAUGGAGAAACAGGGAUGGCUAGCCAAUGGGUUUAAAAUAAAAGUGGGGGGAGGAGAGACAGUCAAAUUCUGGUGGGACUUAUGGAAUGGGGGGGAGAGCAUUGCUAACAAAUUUCCGAGACUAUAUGCUCUGUCAACAGGUAAAGAUAACAAAAUAUCCCAGAUGGGGGAGUGGGUGAAUGGAGCAUGGAAGUGGAAAUUACAAUGGAGGAGGAGCUUGUUUAGUUGGGAGAAACAGCAAGAAGAAGAUAUGCAGAGGGAGCUUCAAAGAACCCCAAUGGUGAGAGGUGAGCUGGACCGGUGCUUGUGGGUACACUCAAAGGAUGGCUGCUAUUCCACGAGAACAGCCUAUCAAGUAUUAACAGAAGCACAAAGUUCGGCCCAUCACAGAGCAGACUUAAGCAAAGUCUGGAACGUUUUCAUCCCCAACAAAAUAGCAGCCUUCUCUUGGCAAUUAGUGCAGGACAGAGCUCCAACGAAACUUAACCUUUUGAAAAUAGGGAUUUUCCAAAACAUUUCAGAGUGCAUGUGCGAUCUAUGUGGCAGGGAGUAUGAAGAAUCCAACCAUUUAUUUAUUCAUUGCAUAGUAGCAUAUAGACUUUGGACAGCAUGCUUCAGGUGGUGGGGAUUAUCUACUGCACUAGAUAAGGAUUGCUGCAGGGUAUUUGAACAGCACCCUCAUUUGGUAAAUAAGCCAGGGGUGAAGAAGGGAUGGGAUUGUAUCUGGUUCACUUUGGUUUGGACAAUUUGGUUAGCACGGAAUGAGAGAACAUUUAGAGGGAAGGAGGCAGACAUAGAAAGACUUUUCGAGCUCAUACAACUUCGCUCUUAUCACUGGAUAAAGAACAAGAGCAACAGGUGCUACUUCUUGUUUCCCGAUUGGAUACAAAAUCCAUCAGAAUGCUUGAGGAUCAGCAGUGGCAGCAGGAAGGAGGGGGGUAGACUGCUGAAUACUAGGUAGAAAUUCUUAAUACCUGCAGAAAGUGUUGCAUCUAUGGGCUGAAUGUAUUCUGUAGGGUAUAUGCUUAGUAUAAUCUCGAUAUUGUUGUUAUGGGUUUGAGUACCCCUUGUACUCACAGCAAUAUAUAUCUUUUGACUUU